AUGGAGGAUGGACCAGCCGGUCAUGGAGAGCCUCUUCGACGGGGCUCGGCAGAUGUGAGGGCAGAUGCUGCGCUGGAGAAAAUGGGCUACAAGGGGGAGCUGCCGCGACAUCUGGGCAUGAUGAGUGUGUUGGGACUGUCCUUUGCUAUCAUGGCCGCUCCUUUCGGUCUAAGUACAACACUCUAUGUCACCCUGACAGAUGGACUCAGCGUAACAAUCCUCUGGGGCUGGGUGCUGGUGACGCUUAUCUCCAUCGCCAUCGCGGCGUCUCUGGCCGAAAUUUGCUCAGUUUAUCCUACAGCCGGCGGAGUAUACUAUUGGAGCGCAAUGUUGUCUACAAAAGAAUGGGCGCCGUUGAUGUCAUUUAUCGAUGGUUGGCUGACCCUGGUGGGCAACUGGACUGUCACGCUAAGCAUCAAUUUUUCAGGAGGCCAGUUGAUUCUCAGCGCAAUUUGGCUGUGGGAGAGAGGAUUUUGUUCCCAAUCAAUGGCAGACGAUCUUGAUGUUCUGGGCUGUGAUGCUGGUUUGCGCUUUGCAAGUGUUCUGAUCAUUAUGGUUACUUUAUUGUCCCUGGCGAAACAAAGGAACCAUGCCAGUUUCGUGUUUGGACACUUUGACGCUUCGACGAGUGGCUGGCCGAGCGGCUGGGCAUUCUUCGUCGGCUUACUCCAAGCUGCAUACACCCUGACCGGCUAUGGGAUGGUAGCCGCAAUGUGCGAGGAGACCCAAAACCCGCACCGCGAAGUACCUAAAGCCAUCGUGCUAUCUGUUGUAGCAGCUGGUAUCACCGGCCUAUCAUACAUACUCCCAGUCCUCUUUGUGCUCCCACCCGUCGAACUGCUGCGAGCAGUAGCCAACGGCCAACCAAUCGGCCUCCUCUUCAAGACCGUGACCGGCUCCGCUGCCGGUGGGUUUGGCCUGCUCUUCCUCAUCCUGGGCAUCCAACUCUUUGCCGGAAUUGGCGCCCUAACUGCCGCGAGCCGCUGCACGUACGCAUUUGCGCGCGAUGGCGCCAUACCUGGCUCCAGACUGUGGCGCAGAGUUAGUAGGCGUUUCGACGUGCCGCUCUGGGGUCUGAUAUUGUCUACCCUUGUCGAUUGCCUGCUGGGCCUGAUAUAUUUUGGCUCCAGCGCGGCAUUUAACUCUUUCACGGGUGUCGCAACCAUUUGUCUCUCGGCCUCAUAUGGCGUGCCGAUUCUCGUCUCCGUCGUCCGCGGGCGGCGGAAUGUGAGAAACGCGCCCUUUUCGUUGGGGAAGUUCGGCUACACUAUCAAUAUGAUAGCGGUAUCGUGGAUUACGCUGGCCAUUGCGCUGUUUUGCAUGCCAAUCUCCUUGCCUGUGACGCCGUCGACGAUGAAUUAUGCGAGCGUGGUGUUUGCUGGGUUUGGGACGAUCAGUGUUGUUUGGUAUUUUGUACGGGCGCGCAAGGCAUUUACGGGCCCGCCUAUUAUAUUGGAGGAUGAGGACGCGAGGAAGAGCGCGGAUAUAGUUGUGGGGAGGUUUUCCUCGCAUAUUGAGGAGGGAUCUGGGUCUGAAGGGAGGGACCAGCCGUUUCUGAAGACAGAAACAAUGAAUUGA